GGAAAGAGAUCUGGCGAUCAGGAACUGCUGGUGGUGAACGGUUCAAUUCUACUUUGCUAGACUACAUUAGUUACUUCAUUAGAGGGCCGGUAUGCAGAAUUAACAUUGAUGUCGUGCAGAAGUGGAUACAGCGCUUUAGGGUGCAUUGGAUUGCAUUUAUUAAAACAGUCUAUGAAGACCUCUGUCUGGCAAACGUGGAUAACAGAAGGCUUAUUGCGUUAUGAGGAGGACACCUAACGUGUGGAGCGGGCUCAUAUAGCGCGAGAAAGCGGAGGAAAAGAGAUGCAUUUCUACACAGCCGAAUAAUAGUUAUAGCUUUCUAAAUGCGUCUUCUUAUCGAGCAGCCAAGAACAAUGAGCAGCGGCUCUAGCAACUUUCUGCUAGUUCCUAUACCGGAGUAUCCUGUACUAGACUGCGUGCCAAACAAAAACGUCAAAAUAGUUGUUCUUGGGGCAAGCAAUGUCGGAAAAACAGCUCUGAUUGUAAGAUUUCUUACUAAAAGAUUCAUAGGAGACUAUGAAGCCAACACAGGAGCCUUGUAUUCAAGGAAGAUUCAUUUGGAUGGGGAGCAAGUUUCUUUACAAGUGCAGGACACUCCAUGUGUCUCACUGCAGGAUGACGCAGAGGGUCUUUACUGUCAAGAGCAGAUCAACCGCUCCAUUUACUGGGCAGAUGGUUAUGUGCUCGUCUUCUCCAUCAAUGACCUCAACAGCUACCGUACCAUCCAGCCUCUCUACCAACAUGUGCGGCGAAUCCAUCCCAGCGGCAACAUCCCUGUUAUCAUCGUGGGAAACAAGAACGACCUGCUGCGUGCCCGGCAGGUCCCGGAUCACGAGGGUAAGGCGCUGGCUGAUGAAUUGGGAGGGCCCUACUUUGAGGCUUCGGCCAGGGAAAACCAUGAGAGCGUCCAGGCUGCUUUUCUGUUCUUAUGUCAAGAGGUAAGCCGAGCGCUGGGAGGAGCAAAUGGGGAGAAGAGAAAAGGUGGACUACACCUUGCCAGGCCAAAGAGCCCGAACAUGCGAGAGCUGAAGAGAAGGUUCCGGCAAGUGUUGUCAUCCAAGGUCAAGUCAGCAACUGCACUAUGAUGACGACGAUGAUGAUAUGAUUGACGAAUGUGACUGUAUAGGAUUCAGAAAGUGUUAACAAAUUGCUGUUGCGUAAGUGAUUGUGAAACACGAGGCAAAACAUUGAAACUCGUAGAAGAUGAGCAGCGAGAUCACUGCACUCUGAAUGAACUGUAACAUGGGACUCCUGGCACUGAACUUCUAAUGGUUUUAAGGCCAAAAAGUCUGUUUUUGUUUAAUCUUUUAGCUGCUAUUAUGCAAAUGUUUCCUGGUUUUCCAGGAUUAUAAUUAAUUUCUCAAAUUCAUUUGUUUAAUAAUGAAUUUCUUUCAUUUAUAAAUGAGGAUUGUAAAUGAAUUUCCUCUUUUAAUGUGAAGCGAGGAUAAAAAGAUAAUUUUUGACCAAGGCCAUUUAUUACGUAUAUUGAAAGUAGCAAAAUAAAACAAACAUAUUGAAGGGCCAUUUAUUGCACACAUUAGAUUACUGCAGUCUAUUCCUAAGAUUCUCAUGUGACUGGAGCAGUUUUACAAAAUGUUAUUCUAGGAUUAUCCCAAAUUUUCCUGACGUUGAGAGAGAUAAUCCAGCUAUGUUGUUUAUAAUCAUGGGAGGAAGAGGUUGUUGACUGGUGGUUCCCAUGACCUUUGACCUACUUACACUGUGUCAAGUAUUUGAGUAGUAUGGAGGUUCGUAGAGGUUCUCCUUCGCUUGUUUCUUCCAGAUGUCCCAUUCGCCCACUCAAAUGGACGUUUGUUUACGGAAAGUGACAGCAUGUCCAUUUCCUUAUACUAUGACAAAGUAAAGGAAUGGUAAAAUAAACGGUAUAUGCUGUGGUGAUUUGAUUUCUUUCUCAACAAGCCUUCAGGCUCUCUCUCUUUGUCUCCCUCUUGUUUUACAU